CCCAGUGAAUCAUGGGAACGUGUUAAAGACAUCAGACAAUAGCAUUAACAGUAUGAGUAACCAAAAAAAUGGCACUAUGCCUGUUAAUGGGACAAAACAGAAUGAGACAGGAUCGGCAACGAACAUGCCAACAAAUGCUGGUGAAACCACCGGAAGUAUGGAUUUAAAACCAUCAUUUGAAGAGAAACCAGGACACACUCCCGACAAGAUGACACCAAAUGGAUCUAAAUCAGUUUCAUAUCCAAUUGGAGGUAUCAGUCCACAACAUGACAAUGGGACAAACAGACCAGUGAGACCAAUUUCUGCUAAAUCAAUGGCCGACGUUUUAAAAUCAGAUUUAAUGGUUUGUCCAAUAUGUGACAAGGAGAUGACGGCGCCGAAGCAAUUUCCAUGCCUCCAUGCGUUUUGCGAGGGUUGUAUUUCCUCCAAUGUGGCAAACUUAAAAGAUGAGGAUCCGCAUUGUCAAAUUCGAUGUCCAGUGUGCGAAAUUCCGGUUUCAAAUUCGCGCAAUAACGUUGACGCCAAAGUUUUUGCUGAAAGUUUACCACCGAGUCUUUUCAUUUCGUCUUUGUUGGUACAGAAACAGAUCAAACAAAAGCAAUGUAAACCUUGCAACAAUACUGGAAAGAGAACAUCAGCCGACUCAUGGUGCUCUUACUGCGCAGAAACGUUGUGCCCUGAACAUUUGUCUUACCACAACGCUCUGACGUCACCAUCAAUACAUCAUGUAUUUAAGAUGUCACAAAUCGAGAAAAAUCCUCAGAUAGCGGAAACUUCCGGAAAAUGUAAUGUUCAUGAAUACGAAAGAAUUAAAUAUUUUUGUCAAGAUCAUAAAUUUCCUUGUUGUGAGAUCUGCUGGAAAUCAAGUCACGAGUUAUGCGAUGUCGAAUCUUUGGAAUUGGCCGCAUCUAGCGUAAAGAAUAAACCAGAAACAACCAGGCUGAUUGGGGAUUUAGAAAUUAUGGGAUCACAUUCAGAACAUAUUCUCCAAGACAGGAGGAGAAAUAUUGAUGACCUUGAGCACCAAAAAUCAGAAGAGAAAAAAGCUGUUAAAAAAAUGCGCGAACAAAUAAAUGAACAUUUGGACAAACUAGAGAGUAGUAUGAUGGAUGAUCUUGAUAAAAUUCAUCGUCAAAAGACAAAAGAGAUUGAAAAGGAAGUCCAACUUUUUGAACAUAAACAACAAAGUGUUUCCUUUUAUAAGCUAUUAUUAGAUAGUGUCUUGAAGAACUCAUCAGAUGUCUUAGCGUUGACAGAGCUUGCUAAAAUUAGACACCAGUGUAAAAUCCUGGACGAAAAUUUGCACCAUAGAAUAUCGAAACUCAAACGCACAGAUUUUGUUGUUGUUUCCAAUAACUUAGCUGGAAACAUGGGAAAGCUGGCAGAAGUAGAAAUCAAUCAAAGGCCGAUUACUCCUCCUCCAGCAUUUGAAGCACGACCAAAACACAGCGGAAUCCUAACACCAAGAUCUAAACUUCUCCAUCCGCGGCGGGAAAAGGGCAGUACCUUUCUUGUUCUAAGAUAUUCCAGCAGUAAAAUAACAGGAGGGUGUUCAUUGAAGUCGUCACUUCUUCUGGUUGACAAUCGUGGGAAAGAAAUACGCGGUUAUUCAAUAGAAGGUCACAGAGAAGAAAAACAGGUUUUCUCGUUCAAAUCGGAACAGGAAGCAAAUCCGUUUGACGUCACAGUUCUGCCACCUCGACGCUCGACUCUAAUGGUGAUCGCCACAAUUCCCCUAAAAAAUCGAUUGCAAGUUCUGGAAUUCGGAGAUGACCACAAUACAAAAGGAGCUUAUUAUAAGACCAAUGGAAAAUGUUACGGAAUAUCUUAUAUGGAUGGAUAUAUCAUAGUUGCAUGUCAUACAAAGCUUGAAAUAUGGCGAAUGGACGAGGACUAUAAUUUGAUGUUCGAGAGAAGCAUAUUGACCAAAGGGGAUCACGUUAACUACGUCUGUGCAGCCGACAACAGGAUUUAUUAUUCUGAUUCAGCAGACAAAGGUUCAGUGGUUUGCACAACUUUAGAUGGCACCAAUAUAUUUUCUUAUAGUCAUCAUAAUCUGCGGAUGCCAAUGGGGCUAGUCUUAGAUCAAAGCGGGAAUGUGUAUGUCGCUGCAUACUACUCGAAUAAUAUACAUUUGAUAAGUCCCGAGGGUGUUCUUAUGAAAGUGACAACGCCUAAAGAUUCACACUUCAACAAACCGUUAUUUCUCAUUGAAAUGGAUGGUAAAAUCUUUGUGACAUAUGACAAACACAAAAUUACGUCGUUGUAUUAACACUGUACUCUCUCGAUUGGUGUGCUGUGUAUUUGUUCAA